AUGGCAACUGGGUUCAGCAACACAACGAUCCUAGUUAUAGUAUUGUCCUCGAUUACUGCUACGGUUGGUAUUUUUAUGGUUGGCCACGGUUGCCUUUGUUUUUACAAUCAGCUCACAACAACACAUCCAAUAGGAGAUUACAGCGUGACUGGGUUAUCGCUUAUUUGUGGAUUGGUGUUGGUCUUCAUUGCUUUUUUGGUGUUUUAUUUAUAUCAAAUACACGUGGCGUCCUCCUUCAUCAUCGCUUUUCUGAUUCUUUUCAUCGCAACAAUUUUUAUGGCUUCUGUGACAUUAGUUUCAUUCAUGGAUGCCUACUCUGUUAAAGCGUUAGUUAAGGAGAGCACAUCGAAGAUGAUGUCGUUGGAAUACGAAUUUGAGUGCUGCGGGUACAAAACACAACGGGAGUACUGCCAGAAGCUGAAACGGCCGACGUGUUACUCGCGAAUAGUUAACCCUUUCAUGACGUUCAGAAUGUUUUGUAUGUGUGCGACAUUUGUAUUGUUUGUCCAGAGCUUAACGUUUGGGAUAUUCCUAUGUCUUUGGUUCGACGGGAUCGAUAAACAAGGAAAGGAUAUGCUAACUUUUCACAUCUCUCGAUUGGAUUAA